AAGGUCUUUGUCGGCAACCUGUCAUACGACACGACGUGGAAGGGGCUCAAGGACCACUUUGCGCGCGCUGGAAACGUAGAGUACGCCGAAGUCCUCGAGGGCCCGAACGGCCGGUCCAAGGGCAUCGGCAUCGUGCGCUUUGGCACCGAGGAGGAGGCGCUCGCGGCGAUCGACGAGCUCACCGAGACGGACCUCGACGGGCGCGAAAUCUUUCGGCUGCCCUCGUCCCCGUGCACUCGUCAGGUGCGCGCCGACCGGGGAGGGAGCGCAGGCAAGGGCGGGGGCGGACGCGGCGGCGGCAAGGGCAAGGGCGGCGGCAAGGCAGGCCGAGGCGGUCGAGGCGGCGGUCUCGCGGCAGGAGGCGGACCUGGCGGCGGC